AUGGAUCCAACCAAGAAGCGCAAGCUUGACGAGAACGGAUUCGGCGGCGAAUCCGAUCACCUUAAACUCUCCCCGUCGGAAGCCCGCAAGGUAAUUGAGCGUUUCACCCCCGACCAGUUAAUUAACAUCCUCCAAGACGCCGUCAUCCGCCACCCCGACGUUCUCUCCGCCGUCCGGGCAAUUGUAGACACGGAUAUCUCCCAACGGAAGCUUUUCAUCCGCGGCCUCGGUUGGGACACCACCACCGAUGGACUCCGUUCCCUCUUUUCAACUUAUGGUGAACUUGAAGAGGCUAUUGUAAUUGUCGAUAAGGCUACCGGUAAGUCCAAGGGUUAUGGAUUUGUCACGUUCCGCCAUGUGGACGGGGCUCUACUAGCCCUUCGCGAGCCUAGCAAGCGCAUUGAUGGACGUGUAACUGUCACGCAACUAGCUGCAGCAGGGAAUUCGGGUUCUAACACCAAUACAGCGGACAUUGCGCAAAGGAAAAUAUAUGUAUCUAACGUGCCACCGGAUCUGCCAGGAGAUAAGCUUUUAGCCCACUUUUCACUGUAUGGGGAGAUCGAGGAAGGUCCGUUGGGCUUUGAUAAACAGACAGGAAGGUCGAAAGGGUUCGCUCUUUUUGUGUACAAGACACCUGAAGGGGCACAGGCUGCACUAUUGGAGCCUGUGAAGAAUGUAGAGGGGCGGCAGUUAAAUUGCAAGCUGGCAAUAACAGAUGGGAAGCAGCAAGGGAUGCGCGGUGGGCCAGACGGGGCUCAGGCCCGUGGGAAUACCCAUGGGAAUGGAAUGGGGAUGGCUCCUGCAGCUGGGCCUGGGCCGGGUCAAUACGGUGGUUCUGUUGGAAUGGGUCCUUACGUAGGGUAUUCUGGUGGGCAUCAGGGUCAGCCUCCAAUGGGGAACCAUCCUCUGAAUUCGUCUGUUGGUGGUGGGUUGUCUUCAGUGGGGAGUCAGGCCCCGUCUUCAGUGGGUGGUGCUGGUGGGUAUGGUGGUGGUCAUUAUGGAGGUUAUGGUGGGCCUACAGCGACAGGUUUUGGCAGCAGUGGCAGCAGUGGUUAUGGAGGAGGUAGUGGUGGGACCGGGGCAGGUGCCGGCGGUGGACAUGGUUCUGCUGGAGGUAAUGUCGGGCUCUCUUCUGUGUACAGAUUACCAAGUUCUGGAGGAUAUCCUGACAGCGGUCACUAUAGUUCAUCGGGUUAUCAGAAUCAUCAGAAUCAGCAUCUUCCUCCUUCCGGGGCGUCUCCAGUACCAAGGGUUCAACCUGGUUCCAUGUAUCCAAAUGGGCCCCCUUACUACUAA